UACCAUCUUAUUUAAUCUUUAAUUUUGUGAAGGGGGUCAACUUUCCCGUUAGGGCCUAAAAUGAAAAAAGCCAAUUGAGAAAGACUAGAUUCUCCUUGGCUUAUUAGUUCCUAAUGUCUGGCUACAGCCAGCCAACCAUCUGCAACCCCGAACUCCCUGCUGUGGAACUGGCAGGAGACAAAGAAAUGGAAAACAGUACAAGAGUCACUUAUGUGAGCACAGAGAUUUUGGCAGCUAGUCUGAAUUGAGACCAUAAUCCUCUUUGGAAGUCAGUCUAAAACGGAACUAUUCACACAAUAAACAUGAAAUUAAAAUCCUGAUAUAGUAGUGACCCAAAAGGAAUGUGAAUUCUUCUCCAGGACACAAAGACCCGUGGAUGAACUGUGUUUCUAGAUUUUUGCUUCAGCUUUCCUGAGAAUUUCACUUAUAAAAGGUCAAAAUGGGCAAGAGGCACAAAAGUGUGGGCCGACAAAUGUGGACUUUGCUCUGCAAGAACUGCCUUAAAAAGUGGAGAAUGAAAAGAGAGACCACGUUGGAAUGGUUUUUCUCAUUUCUUCUACUACUGUUUUCAUUCCUAUUUUCUUCCAAUUUACAUCAAGUCAAUGACUCUUCUCAAAUGCCUGCAAUGGACCUGGGACGUGUUGAUAGUUUUAAUGAUUCCAAUUAUAUUGUUGCGUUUGCACCUGAAUCCAAAACCACCCAAGAGAUAAUGAACAAGGUAGCCUCAGCUCCAUUCAUGAAAGGAAGGACAAUCAUGGGAUGGCCUGACGAAGAGAGCAUGACUGAACUGGAUUUAAAUUAUUCAACAGAUGCAGUGAGAGUUAUCUUUAGUGAUAUGUUCUCAUAUCAUUUGAAAUUUUCUUGGGGACAUAGAAUCCCUAAGAUCAAGGAACACAAAGACCAUUCAGCUCAUUGCCAAGUGGUGGAUGAAAAAAUCAUAUGCGAAAGUUCAAUGUUUUGGGAGAAAGGUUUUGUGGCUUUUCAAGCUGCCAUUAAUGCUGCUAUCAUAGAAAUCACAGUGAAUCGCUCAGUAAUGGAGGAGCUGAUGUCAAUUACUGGUGUGAAUAUGAAGAUAUUACCUUUUAUUGCUCAAGGAGGAAUUACAACCGAUUUUUUCAUUUUCUUCUGCAUCAUUUCUUUUUCUUCAUUUAUAUAUCAUUUAUCAGUCAAUGUUGCACAAGAAAGACACUACAUUAAAUCACUGAUGACAAUGAUGGGACUUCAAGGAUCGGCAUUCUGGCUUUCCUGGGGCGUCAUGUAUGCUGGCUUCAUCCUUGUCAUGGCUGUUUUGAUGACCCUUAUCGUAAAAUCUACCCAAAUUAUUGUGCUAACUGGCUUCAUGGUGGUCUUCAUUCUCUUUUUCCUCUAUGGCUUGUCUUUGAUAACUUUGGCUUUCUUGAUGAGCGUGUUGAUAAAGAAACCUCACCUCACUGGUUUGGCCAUCUUUCUACUUAUCAUUUUUUGGGGCAGCCUGGGAUUCACCACAUUGUACAGACAUCUUCCUGCGUUUUUGGAGUGGAUCUUAUGUCUUCUUAGUCCAUUUGCUUUCACUGCUGGAAUGGCCCAGCUUAUACAUUUGGACUAUGAUGUGAAUUCUAAUGUCCAUUUGGAUGCUUCAAACAACUCAUACAUAGUAAUAGCUACUCUUUUCAUGCUGGCUUUUGAUGCUCUUCUCUAUUUGGUAUUGACAUUAUAUUUUGACAAAAUUUUGCCCACCCAGUAUGGACAUCGACAUUCUGCCAUGUUUUUCCUGAAGUCCUCUUUUUGGAGUAAAUAUCAAAGAGCUGAUCAUGUGGUGCUUGAGAAUGAAAUAGAUUCUGAUCCUUCAUCCAAUGACGCCUUUGAACCUGUGUCUGCAGAAUUCCAUGGGAGAGAGGCCAUCAGAAUCAAAAACCUUAAAAAAGAAUAUAAAGGACAGCAUGAAAAAGUAGAAGCUUUGAAAGGUCUGGUUCUUGACAUAUAUGAAGGCCAGAUCACUGCCCUCCUUGGUCACAGUGGCGCUGGGAAAACCUCCUUGUUAAACCUACUGAGUGGACUGUCACUCCCGACAUCAGGUUCUAUCACUAUCUACAGUCACACACUUUCAGAGAGGGCUGAUUUUGAAACUGUCAGCAAGCUCACUGGAGUUUGUCCACAGUCCAAUGUACAAUUCGGCUUUCUCACCGUGAGAGAAAAUCUCAGGCUGUUCGCUACAGUGAAAGGGAUUUUGCCACAUGAAGUGGAGGAAGAGGUGCAACAAAUUCUACGGGACUUAGAGAUGGAAAAUAUUCAGGACAUUCUUGCUCAAAAUUUAAGCGGUGGUCAAAAAAGGAAGCUGACUUUUGGGAUUGCCAUUUUAGGAGAUCCUCAGGUUUUACUAUUGGAUGAACCAACUGCUGGACUAGAUCCUCUUUCAAGGCACCACAUAUGGAAUCUCCUGAAAGAGAGGAAAUCAGACAGAGUGAUUCUCUUCAGUACCCAGUUCAUGGAUGAGGCUGAUAUCUUAGCUGAUAGGAAGGUAUUUAUAUCCCAUGGCAGGCUGAAGUGUGCUGGUUCUUCUCUGUUCCUGAAGAAGAGGUGGGGCAUUGGCUACCGUUUAAGCUUGCAUCUGAAUGAAAUGUGUGAUCCAGAGAGUAUUACAUCACUGGUUAAACAGCACAUCCCUGAUGCCACAUUAACAGCACAAAGUGAAGAAAAACUUGUUUAUAUUUUGCCUUUGGAAAGAACAAACAAAUUUCCAGACCUUUACAGGGAUCUUGAUAGAUGUCCUAACAAAGGCAUUGAGAAUUAUGGUGUUUCCAUGACAACUUUGAAUGAGGUGUUCCUGAAGUUAGAAGGAAAAUCAACUAUUGAUGAAUCAGAUGUUGCAAUUUGGGGACAAUUACAAAGUGAUGGGACAAAAGACAUGGCAAGCCUUGUUGAGCUGGAACAAGUUUUGUCUUCCCUCCAUGUAACAAGGAAAAUAGCAGGUGGCAUGGCGCUCUGGAGGCAGCAGCUCUGUGCAAUAGCAAAAGUUCGCUUCCUGAAGCUAAAGAAUGAAAGAAAAAGCCUGUUAGCCAUGUUAUUGCUUUUGGGGAUUAGCUUUUUCCCUCAACUCCUGGAGCAUUUAUUCUAUGAGUUAUAUCAAAAAAGUUACACUUGGGAUCUAUCUCCAGACAUGUACUUCCUCUCACCAGGACAACCUCCACAGGAUCCUCUGACACAUUUACUGGUCAUCAAUAAAACAGGCUCCAGCAUCGACGACUUUGUACAAGCACUGGGGCAACAGAACAUAGCAUUGGAAGUGGACGCCCUUGGAACUAGAAAUGGCACAGAGGAGCCGUCUUACAAUGGAGCCAUCACAGUGUCAGGCGAUGCGGAGGAUCACAGAUUUUCAAUAGCCUGUAAUACUAAGAGACUAAAUUGCUUUCCUGUCCUCAUCGAUAUUAUUAGCAAUGGAUUACUUAGAACUUUUAAUUCCACAGAGCACAUUCAGACUGACAGAAGCACAUUUUUUGCAGAACAUAUGUCUUAUGACUUUGAGUACCUGAGCAGCGCCUUCUUCUGGAUACCACUGGCCGCCUGUUUCACUCCUUACAUUGCCAUGAGCAGCAUUGAUGACACUAAAAAAAAAAUUCAUUCCCAGCUAUGGAUUUCAGGCCUGUACCCUUCAGCUUACUGGUUUGGACAGGCAUUGGUGGAUAUUCCCCUCUACUUCUUGAUUCUCCUUCUAAUGCAAAUAAUGGAUUAUGUUUUUAGCCCAGAAGAGAUUAUAUUCAUAAUUCAAAACCUGUUAAUUCAGAUCCUGUGUAGCAUUGGAUAUGUCUCAUCUCUUGUUUUCUUGACAUAUGUGAUUUCAUUCAUUUUUCGCAAUGGCAGAAAGAAUAGCGGCAUUUGGUCAUUUUUCUUCUUAACUGUCACCAUCUUCACAAUUUUUGCUACUGAUCUAAGUGAAUAUACAUUUCUGGGGCUAUUUUUCUGCACUAUAUUAAUACCACCCUUCACACUGAUUGGUUCUCUAUUCAUUUUUUCUGAGAUUUCUUAUGACUCCAUGGAUUACUUAGGAGCUUCAGAAUCUCAAAUAGUUUUUCUGGCAUUGCUAAUACCUUACCUCCAGUUUUUCAUUUUCCUUUUUGUUCUGCGAUGUCUGGAAGGACACUUCAGGAAGAAAUCGUUGAGAAAGGACCCUGUUUUCAGAAUUUCUCCGAGAAGCAGCGAUGUUUUUCCAAACCCAGAAGAACCUGAAGGAGAAGAUGAAGAUGUUCACAUGGAAAGAAUAAGAACAGCAAAUGCCAUGGCUGCCUUGGAUGAGGAAGAGAAACCAGUUAUCAUUGCCAGCUGUCUCCGGAAGGAAUAUGCAGUCAAAAAGAAAAAUUGCUUUUCCAGAAAGAAGAAAAAACUUGCCACAAGGAACGUCUCUUUCUGUGUUAAAAAAGGUGAAGUUGUAGGGCUUUUGGGACACAACCGAGCUGGUAAAAGUACAGUGAUUAAAAUGAUAACUGGAGACAUAAAACCAACUGCAGGGCAGGUGAUUUUGAAAAGGAGCAGUGAAGGGGACACCCUGGGGUUCCUGGGGUACUGUCCUCAGGAGAAUGUGCUGUGGCCUAGCCUGACAGUGAGGGAACACCUGGAAGUAUACGCGGCUGUGAAGGGGCUGAAGAAAAGGGAUGCUAUGGUCACCAUCACACAGUUGGUGGAAGCCCUCAAGCUUCAGGACCAGCUGAAGACACCGGUGAAGACCUUGUCAGAGGGAGUGAAGAGGAAGCUGUGUUUUGUGCUCAGUAUCCUGGGAAACCCAUCAGUGGUGCUUCUGGAUGAGCCGUCCACUGGGAUGGACCCCGAGGGCCAGCAGCAGAUGUGGCAGGCAAUCCGGGCCACCUUUAGACGCAUGGAGAGGGGUGCCCUUCUGACGACCCAUUACAUGGCAGAGGCUGAGGCUGUUUGUGAUCGCAUAGCCAUCAUGGUGGCCGGAAGGCUGAGGUGUAUCGGUUCCAUCCAACAUCUCAAGAGCAAAUUUGGCAAAGAUUAUCUGCUGGAGAUGAAGGUGAGGACUCCCACCCAUGUGGAGCCCCUCCACGAAGAGAUCCUGAGGCUCUUCCCCCAGGCAGCUAGGCAGGAAAGGUACUCCUCUCUGAUGGUUUACAAGUUGCCUAUGGAAGAUGUACAACCUUUAUCAAGGACUUUCUCCAAAUUAGAGAUAGUGAAACAGAGCUUCGGCCUGGAGGAGUACAGCCUCUCACAGUCCACCCUGGAGCAGGUUUUCCUGGAGCUCUCCAAGGAGCAGGAGCUGGACGAUUUUGAGGAGGCACUCGGUGCCUCUGUGAAGUGGAAACUCCUCCCACAGGACGAGCCUUGAGGCCCCACGUCCUGCUUCUCUUAAAGCUCACGACUCUUUGUAAGACUGUUCCGUAGCACUCAUAGGCCUUAUCAGAAACGGCGCAGGUUACUUGUGAAACUCACGUCAUAAUCUUUUUCAGUCGUACAGUGGGGAUGGUGGGUAAAGUUAGUGAGAGCAGUGAUGAAGCCCGAGAUUAGACCACACCACCCUGCCACAUCCCAUGUUACAGGGUGAACUGAAACCAGUGUUUAUGAUGUAUUUGUUUACGUGUCUGAGGAUGAUACAAAGACUGCUUACUUUUCUUUCCAUGAACUGAAAAAUAUUGAAUGUUUUCUUAUCUUUUUCGCUAAGUAUACAACCAGACAUAAUAUUGACAUUAGGGAAAGAGACUACCUAAUAGCACAGAUUUUGCAGUUCUCGAUUCUCUGAUUCUUCUUUGUUAAAUCAUUUUCAGACUUUCGCUUGCAGAGUAUUGUUUUUUCUAUUAUGAAUAUGAAAGGAAUUUGAAACCUGUUCAGUUGCAUACUUGUAAUAUGAAUUUGAAUGUUCAAGUUAAUGGAACAUAUUACAAUGUAUUGUCAUCUGCAAA